AUGGGUUCAAGCGACAAUUUACAACCCCAAGCUAUUGGCUUGAUCUUUGGCUUUCCUGCCGUCGCAACUGCGGCUGUGGUGCUACGAAUUUACAGCCGAGCGUUGACAAGAUCAUUUGGUGCAGAUGACUGGGUUAUCUGUCUUGCAAUUAUCUUUUACUGGGCGGAGACGUUCACAUCUUAUAAAGUAAUUAUCUAUACCUACAUUGGAUACAACGUCGGGGAUAUUCCAAAAGAUGCCCCUACUAUAUUGGGUUCAAAAUACGCCUACGCGACUGAACUCAUUUACAAUCCAAUCCUAGCCCUCGUCAAAACAUCUAUCCUUCUUUUCCUGCUUCGACUCACCGGUCAGAAAAAGUUGGUGCGCCAGGCCAUCUGGGCAUUGUUGAUCUUGAAUGGAGUUUCAGCUGCCAUCACAUUUUUCAUCACAGUCUUCCACUGUUUACCUAUCGCUUCUAACUGGAAUUCGGCCGCGUACCCUCACGCAAAAUGUCUUAACUUCGCCAACUUUGUUACCGGAACAGCCUCGGUCUCCAUAUUCACCGAUUUUCUCGCUUUAAUGCUGCCAACAUGGAUCGUAUACGAGCUUCAAAUGCGAUGGAACCAGAAGAUAAUGCUAAUCGGGAUUCUAUCAUUCGGUCUCUUAACCGUUACUGCAGGUGUUGUCCGCGUGAUCCUCCUCGAUAACUACGAUCGACACAUUCCUGAAAAUUACACCCACACAGUCCUCUUCUGCGUUUCAACAAUCGAAGUCGGUCUAUCAUUUGUCGCCACGUGUGCACCAUCUUUCAAACCCCUAGUCGCACGUUUCUUGCCUAAACUCUUCGGUGCUUCAGGUCGCUACCAAAAUGGUUCUACUGGCCGCAGCGGUCGUGCUCGACAGGGGUAUAAUCUUCACGAUGCAUCGAAUUUCAGCCGUAACCAACAUGAACGCAACGUUACUCUUGUCGAGGCUAAUGAUGCGGAGGGGGGCUACGGACCUACACGAGGGGAUACAAAAAAUGGAAUCACAAUGACUACUCAGUUGGAGGUUACUUGGGAUAAGUCCGCUCGUAUGGAGCAGCAUACCAAUACAAGCAGUAUGGAGAGUCUUGUGGGUGCAGAUUAG